AGAAGGAAACUAUUUGGUGUGAGUGGAAAGCAGUGGGUGGAAUUCCCCGGGUCCAUAUAGGGAGAGUGGGAGGGAGGGGAGGGUGGAGCUGCGCUACUAUAACAGCAGAGCUGAGAGCAAUGUCAGACUCAGAUUAAUAUGAACGACACACAAGGAGGCACAAGUGCAAAGCUCCCCGGUAGCCACCAGCCGGGCUCCCUCCUCCUGCAGCCCAUGUGGGACCUGAUCCUGAGUCAGGAGCAAUGGAUUCGCUCUCCCUUCUACCCAGUUCUCUUCUCCUUCUCAGUCUAUGUGGCUUUCUGUGUCCCUUAUCUCAUCCUGGACUGUCUGGCACCCUGGGUACCGGUGCUGAAACGUUGCCAGAUCCAGCAGCGCACUAACACCUCCCUGGGGAUGAUGGUCCACUGCUUGGCAUAUACAGUCUAUAGCCACCUGGUGUUUAUCUUCCCGGCCACAGUCGCCUAUUGGUACUGGAGACCAGUGACGUUGCCCAAUGGGGCCCCUCAGCUCCACCGGCUCCUGAUGGACGUUAUCUCCUGCCUGUUGCUCUUUGACUUCCAGAGCUUCAUCUGGCACCUGGUGCACCACAAGAUCCCCUGGUUGUACAAGAACUUCCACAAGAUGCACCACAAAUACACCUCCACCUUUGCACUGGCCACUCAGUACUCCGGCGCCUGGGAGACGCUCUCCCUUGGCAUCUUCGCUGGGGUGACCCCUAUAGUGUUGGGGUGCCAUCCAAUGACUGAGAUGGUUUUCUUCAUCGUCAACAUUUACCUGUCAGUAGAGGAUCAUUCAGGCUACGACUUGCCCUGGUCCUCCCACAAGCUGGUACCCUUUGGACUUUGCGGGGGACCCGGGCACCACGAUCUCCAUCACCAGAAGUUCAACUACAACUAUGCCCCUUACUUUACCCACUGGGAUAAGCUCUUCAACACACUUGCCAAGCAACCCAGCAAGUAACGGCACUGAAGCUAUUUCAUUGGUCCAGAACAUUUCCCAAAAAUGAACUGCUGUGAACCUGAGACUGACAUGUUCUUCAAAGACUUAAAUGGGUUGUAGCAACUGCAAGAGAAGCACUUACUGCCCUCUGUGUUCUACCCACUGUGAUGUUAUUUAUUAUGGGACUUGUAUAUUUGUAUAUUUGUAUAUAGAAUAAUUUAUUUAUACAGCUAUGGACUAAUAUAUAUCUGUACAACUGGCACCUAGAGCAGCAGGUCUUGCCCUUAGCCAGGUUUAACCCUCUCUGAUGUGAUACAGUUUGCUGGCAAAUCUGUAAGUCCCAGUUAUCCUCGACUUGCAGAGGAUGCUGGGAAAUGUAGUAUUUAUUCCACUGCUGAGCAGUGUAUUAGCCUUGCCUUGUAAGCACAAUAAUAAUCAAGGAUCUGAUGAAGCAAAAGGGGAAAUUAAGGUUUAACUUAGAAGUGGCAGCUGCUGAACUACAACUCCCAGCAUGCACAGCAGCAUUCAUAUUUAAAGAGGUAGUUCGAUGAGCAUGUGGACGCACUGCCUGCUCCACCACUGAAAUGAGAGGUCCAGCAAGUGAAUAAUAGAAGGUCAUUGGUAUGUAGGGAGCUGAUGUUUCAUUGGAUGGAAGUGAAUUACAGAAGGUUAUUGGUAGGUGAGAAGCCAAUGGGUGAAUAGAAUGUAAGUGAUUAGUAAGUUAAUAACAGAAGGUUAUUGGUACGUAGGGAACAGAAGGUUAAAUAGGAUGUAAGUGAGGAAUUGGGGAAUAAAAAAAGUGAUUGGUAGGUGAGUAGCCAAUGGGGAAUGGUAUGUGCCUGUUGUGCCUGGGGGACCCUAAGAGGAACAUGGGAUGUGCUGCUUAUAAUAAAGCAAGAACAAAUAUAAUGGAUUUGCCAUUAGGACAAAGAAAUUCCUAAAACUGGAGACUGCAGACCUUGAACUCCCAGAAUCCUUCUUGUUGCUGAGGAUGCUGGGAGAUGUAGUGUCUAUAAACUGUGUUCAUGCAAUGACUGACUGCUCUGAGCUACUGAACUUCAUUUACAAGUUGUGUCCCUCCAGCUGUCAUCAGACUGCACCCUCCAGCACCCACUCCGCUGUGAGGUGCAGUUCAGCAUCAGCUGGAAAGUCGCAAAAAGUUAAAGAUUCUACUAAUUUGUGCUGUUAUGUGAAUCACUGAUGCACAUCACUAUUUAUUUUGUAAUUUAAUAAACAAAUGCUAUUUUAUUUAUAAA